AUGCAUCCUCUCGCCUUGUUCGCCUUAAUUGGUGGUUUGGUGUCGGCGAGCAGUCCAGUCUCCUACGCUGGCCACCAAGUACUUCGCGUCACGACAGGCGCCAAUUCAGCUGCCAUUCUGGAGAAGUUGUCAUCCAUCGAGUAUGACGAGUGGAACACGGUUGUGAACAAGCACAUCGAUAUCGCUAUUGCGCCAAACCAGAUCGAAAGGUUUCAAACUUUGGCUCUUGAAUACCAUAUAAUGCACGAGAACUUGGCAAUAUCAAUUGCCUCCGAGUCAGCUACAGGGACCACCUGGAAGAGACAAAUCGACGAUCUUGAGUGGUACGACAGCUACCACCCUUAUGACGACCAUAAGGCAUACUUCGAGGCACUUCACGAUGCCUUUCCCAAUAACUCGGAGAUAGUCUCGUCGGGGACUUCGUUCGAAGGCAGAGACAUUUUUGGCAUUCACUUCUGGGGUUCGGACGGACCGGGAAAACCGGCCGUGCUUUGGCACGGUACUGUCCAUGCCAGAGAAUGGAUAGUAGCGCCGGUUGUGGAAUAUCUCACGUUGCAACUCAUCCAGGGAUAUGGCGUUGACAACGCCACGACUGCUUUUGUGGAUAAUUAUGACUUUUGGGUGUUCCCGUUUGUCAACCCGGAUGGAUUUGUGUACACUCAGACAACGGAACGGUUGUGGCGGAAAAAUCGCCAACCAGCCCCAACUUCAACCAACUCGACGUGUUAUGGUCGCGACAUCAACCGCAAUUGGCCGUAUAAAUGGGAUGCUAAUCCUCUUGGGGCUUCUACGGACCCUUGUUCUCAAACAUACAAAGGCAUCGAGGCAGGCGACACCCCGGAGAUGGAAGGACUGCACAAGCUUGUGGACACUUUGCGAGACACAAGUGGGCUGAAACUCUACAUCGACUGGCACAGCUACAGCCAGUACUUUCUGACCCCCGUCGGCUACAACUGCACCUACUACAUUGAUACUCUUGGCCAGCACAUCAAGCUUGCUCAGCUAGCCUCGGAUGCCAUUCGGGAGGUUGAGGGUGUCACCUUCACGUAUGGCCCAAGUUGCGCGACUCUGUAUCCUACGACUGGAGCAAGCUUCGACUAUGCUUACGCUGUUGGCAAAGCUCAAUGGUCAUACUUGAUCGAGUUGCGGGAUACUGGCGAUUUCGGGUUUGUAUUGCCGCCAGAGCAGAUUCGUGGUAGUGUGACAGAGCAGUGGGAGGGCAUGAAAGUCAUGCUGAGUGUUCUUGAUGAGGUCUUCUUCGAUGGAGAAGGUCCAGCGGCAUUCUAA